UUUUCCAAUUUGAACAGAUAGAUACAGAGAAUAUGCUAGUGAGAAUAUAUCCAAAUGGAAGCGUUUUGUACAGUUCCAGAAUUUCUUUAGUUUGUUCUUGUCCAAUGUAUCUUCAAUUGUACCCUCUAGAUGUUCAAUAUUGUGACUUUGAUUUGAUUAGUUAUGCUCACACAACGAGGGAUAUAAUUUAUGAAUGGGCUGGGAAUGGAGAUGAUAGUGUUCAAAUAAAACAAGGUGUUGGCCAAGACCUUCCCGACUUUAAAUUGGAUUAUAUCGAUACAGGAGUGGAAUGCACAAGUCACACAAACACUGGUUCUUAUGCAUGUUUACGUAUGAGAAUACGUCUUUCUAGGCUUUUUACUUAUUUUGUUCUUCAGCUUUAUAUUCCGACAUCCAUGGUUGUUUGUGUAAGCUUGGUCAGCUUCUGGAUUGAUAUGCAUUCAACAGCUGGACGUGUUACCUUAGCAAUAACCACUCUAUUAACAAUAACAACUAUGCAAUCUUCAAUUAACGCAAAAUUACCUCCAGUCAGUUAUGUGAAGUGUAUUAAAAAACUGAACUUUAUAAAUUUUAGUGCACUUGUUGAAUACGCCAUAGUUUGCUAUCGGGAUUCUAAACUGAGAAAUUCUAGGAGGGAUUCAAUGAAUCUUAGACGGAAGCGAAAAUUGACAGCCGGAACUGGAAAUGAUGAUUAUGAGCUCAUGCUUCCACCAACGGAACGGCAAUGGGAUGAUCUAGCGGCUAUAGAAAAAUCCGCCAUAUAUGAUGAGGAGAAUGUGCCUUGUUCGUGCGAAUUGGGUGGAAUAGGCAAUGCUGUACUCGUGAGCCUAGGAAUGGUGCCAAUUGGCGGUCUGCUUCCUCAAUCUCUUCUUAUUCCACUUGCAGCAACCACACAAGGAGACUUUAGUGAAAAACAUAGACAACGCAAUACAUUUUGGUCUUGGCUCAGAAGAAAGUUGAAAAAGUCGGAUUAUCAGCCUGCCCGAAUUGACUAUUAUGCUCGUAUUUGGAUGCCCAUAUUUUUUAUUUUGUUUAGUUUUAUUUAUUGGACAGUUUGUUUGUUUAUGGCAUCGAAACAAUAUGUAUAA